UUCCCGGCACUGAAUGAAACGUCAGACAGUAAUCUGAAGGUGAUGGCGUCAGUUAAUUUAUUGUCAGUGCGGUAGGAUUAUAAUUUUUCCCGAUAUUUUUAAUGUCAAAUUAGUAAUGAAUACGUUGGUGCUAGUGGCAAUUAUUAUCUUUAAUGUUGAAUAAAUAUAUCUAAAAAGAUGUUACUUGAAGAAUAAAGUGAAUAACGCGAACAUAUUUCGGAAAAAUAAUUGGUUUUCCUGUCACUUUUGGAAAAUCAUCUAGGCCAUUCGGAUGAGACGCCGAUGAGCUUCCAGUACCUUCCAGAAAAGUUGUGAACAUUCUCGAAUAUAACCUUUAAAUAUAUAAGGAGAAACGGUCAUCGCGCAGGGAGUGAACGAUUUGUCGUGAAGUGGAAUAGUUGUGCUUACGUUUAUAUUAAUCUUUUUGAUUAGUGUUCCAUAUUAACACCUGUGAAUAAACGGUUACUGAAUAUUUGUGAUUGGACUGCGUAGAACAAUGGGAAAGGAUUAUUACAAAAUUCUAGGCAUCCAAAAAGGUGCCAGCGACGACGACAUCAAAAAGGCAUAUCGAAAACUUGCAUUAAAAUACCAUCCGGACAAAAACAAAGCUGCUGGAGCUGAAGAAAAGUUCAAAGAAGUUGCCGAGGCGUAUGAAGUACUUUCGGAUAAAAAGAAACGAGACGUAUAUGACAAGUAUGGUGAGGAAGGUCUCAAAGGAGGCGUCCCUGGCGGUGGACCAGGAAAUGGUAAUCCCAGCAACUUUUCGUACACUUACCAUGGCGAUCCAAGAGCAACCUUUGCACAGUUCUUCGGAAACUCCAGCCCUUUCUCUGCUUUCUUUGACUUCGGAAAUACUAAUCGUAUGUUUGGUGGAAUGCAUGACGAAGACAUGGAAGAGGAUGAUCCGUUUGUUUCUCUUGGAGUCGGUGGACCGCCGAGACCAGGUGGACCAGCCGGGGCCUUCCGUAGCCAUUCUUUCAACUUCCACAACAGUCCCAAUAGAAACAAAGACAAGAUGCAGGAUCCCCCAAUAGAGCAUGAUCUCUACGUUUCAUUAGAAGAUAUCACAAAAGGGUGCCAAAAGAAGAUGAAGAUAAGCAGAAAAGUGUUGCAACCCGAUGGAACAACAAAAAAAGAAGACAAAGUUUUGACAAUUAAUGUGAAACCUGGGUGGAAAGCUGGUACAAAAAUUACAUUCCAACGUGAAGGUGAUCAAGGCCGAAAUAAGAUUCCAGCAGACAUUGUUUUCAUUAUCAGAGACAAGCCCCAUCCUCAAUUCAAACGUGAAGGCAGCGACAUCAAGUAUACAGCUAAAAUAACAUUGAAGCAGGCCCUUUGUGGAUGCACCAUUGAAGUUCCAACUAUGUCUGGUAAAUCUAUACCACUACAUUAUACUCAGGAAAUAAUUAAACCAAACUCCGUGAGACGCAUUCAGGGAUAUGGACUACCUCUACCGAAAGAACCCUCCCGUCGGGGAGAUCUCAUAGUUAACUUCGAUAUCAAGUUUCCGGAGAAUCUUUCACAAUCAGCAAAGGAUAUUCUAUAUGAUACUUUACCUAACUAGAUUGUGACUCCCCUGAAAUUUGAGACAAACUUGUACGUUUUAGUACAAAUUGAGAAUUUUAUUUUACAUAAUUUAAGCCUUUAACUUAAUAAUGUAAAUAAAAAUUAGCUUUCUUGAGAAUAAUAUACUGAAAA